AUGUCCUUGGGCUCAGGCGCAUCCAAUCUACGCAAGAUCCUUGCAGACCCCAACGGCUUCGUGACAGCUCCCGGUGUAUACGAUGGCUUGUCAGCGCGGAUGGCCCUUGGAGCUGGCUUCGAUGCUCUGUACAUGACGGGCGCAGGAACCGCCGCCUCCGUCCACGGCCAAGCAGACCUGGGCAUCUGCACCCUCAACGACAUGCGCGCCAACGCCGAGAUGAUCGCAAACCUAUCCCCCAGCACGCCCGUCAUCGCCGACGCAGAUACCGGCUACGGCGGCCCGAUCAUGGUCGCCCGCACAACGGAGCAAUACGCCCGCUCAGGCGUCGCAGCCUUCCACAUCGAAGACCAAGUCCAAACCAAACGCUGCGGCCACCUGGGCGGCAAACAACUCGUCGACACAGCAACCUACACAACCCGCAUCCGGGCCGCCGUGCAAGCACGCCACCGACUCGGCAGCGACAUCGUAGUGAUAGCACGCACCGACGCCCUCCAAUCCUUCGGAUACGACGAGAGUCUAGCACGACUCCGCGCCGCGCGGGACGCCGGCGCAGACGUGGGCUUUCUCGAAGGAAUUUCCUCGCGGGAGAUGGCCGUGCAGGCGGUUCGUGACCUUGCUCCGUGGCCGUUACUGUUGAAUAUGGUUGAGCAUGGAUCUACGCCGGCGAUUUCGGCGCAGGAGGCGAAGGAGAUUGGGUUCCGGAUGAUUAUCUUUCCGUUUGCGACGAUUGGGCCCGCGUUGACGGCUAUGCGGGAGGGGUUGGAGAAGUUGAAGAGGUUGGGGUUGCCGGGGCUGGAUCCCGAGUUGACGCCGCAGAUGUUGUUCCGGGUUUGUGGGUUGGAUGAGAAGAUGAAAUUGGAUGCGGAGGCUGGGGGUGCGGCGUUUGAGGGGGGUGUAGAUUUGGAGGAGAAGAAGAAGAAGUGA